UGGUAUUAUAAAUACAGGACACACACAAAGCCGUAGCAGCUGAUAGGAUGGAGUCGGGGUGGGUAUUGUGUGCUGUUGUAUUUUCGUUGACCUGCAUGGGAAAAGGUGGCCAUUCACAGGCAAAUGUGUGUGGCAUUGCUUCUCUCAACACAAAGAUUGUCGGGGGUCAGGAUGCAGCUGCAGGGAGCUGGCCAUGGCAGGCCAGUCUGCACCGCUCCAACCGCCAUUUUUGUGGAGGCUCCCUUAUCAACAAAGAGUGGGUGCUGACUGCCGCUCACUGCUUCCCCAGGUAGAAAGACAUAACCUUACCCGUCCCCCAACCCAUAUAUUGUCAUGGUGAUAUUGUAAUAUCUAUAUGCUGUCUUUGUCUAUGUACUGAAUGAUCUAUUUUAAUCAUGUAUUAAUCACUUAAUUCAGAGAACUAAUUCAAAGUAUAAUGUCUUUGGGUAUUUUUUUUUUAAUAAUUAAAUUUAACAUGAUAAAUGUACAUGUAACUGCAAAAAUACAGGACAAGUCAAAAUACAGUGCCCUGCGAAAGUAUUCGGCCCCCUUGAACUUUGC